AUGCAGCUGCUGUGUGAAAUACUCCUUUGGACUUUUCUGGUCCUUGGCAAGUCUACCCCUGACUUAGAUAGACGAUGGGAAGUGUGGAAAAUCAAGUUUCAGAAGGUUUACGAUUCUCAGGCUGAGCUCGUCUACAGAAAAUCAAUAUGGGAGAAGAAUUUGGACCGGGUGCUGAGACACAACCGUGAGGCCUCAGCAGGACAGCACAGCUUCACCAUGGGACUCAACCACUUAGCUGACAUGACAGCAGAGGAGGUCAAUGAGAGGCUGAAUGGCUUAAAGGUGGAGGACCGCGCUCAUUUUGGAAACUGGACCACUAAGCAAUCACGUGACUUGUCAAUACCUGUGAGUGUGGACUGGAGGACAACAGGCCUGGUCAGCCCCGUCAAAAACCAGGGGUUGUGUGGGUCCUGCUGGGCUUUCAGCUCUGCAGGAGCGCUGGAGGGCCAGAUGAAGAGACAGACCGGUGUCCUGGUACCGCUGAGUCCACAGAACCUGCUGGACUGCAGCACCACAGACGGAAAUCACGGCUGCAGAGGGGGCUUCAUAUCCAAAUCCUACAGCUACAUAAUCCGCAACGGAGGCAUCGACUCUGACAACUUUUACCCCUACGAAUAUAAGGACGGAAAGUGUCGUUACUCCACUAGGGGGAAGGCUGGCUACUGCUCCAGAUUCCACAUCCUGCCACAUGGAGAUGAGAAGGCUCUUCAGACUGUUGUUGCAACAGUGGGGCCGGUUGCAGUUGGCAUCAAUGCCCUGCUACCAUCCUUCCAUCAUUAUAAAGGAGGUUUAUUCAAUGAGCCAGACUGCAACCCCAAAAUAACCAACCACGCCGUCCUGGUGGUGGGCUACGGCACAGACGAAGGACAGGACUUCUGGCUAGUGAAAAACAGCUGGGGAACCGCAUGGGGGGAAGGAGGCUUCAUACGAAUUGCAAGGAACAAGAGGAAUCUCUGUGGCAUCGCCAGCUUUGCCGUCUACCCCACACUGUGACAACACAUUCAACACAGUGGAGAUAAUAAUGGAUCAAAAAUCACCCACUAUAGCUCUGUGGUUUACCCGGUUUUAACCCACAUAUGGUGCUGCAGGGAGGUUGCAAAGCAAUUUUCCGUUUCAUUGUUCGUUAUUGUUUUACGUAAGAAAGGUUUGAACACUGUGAAACUCUG